AUGUACACCAGUAGUGUGCUGUAUACUCUUCUGCUAAUCAUUGGACAAGGUUUAAAUACAAUCGUAUAUUGUUCGGCGUGGACUGAGCACAAGGUAGUGAAUAUAUCGUUAUGUGCGCGCAGUGAGCAAUCGGGAGUGGUCGCAGGUAACGGUCAGAAUGGAUCGGCAGCCAAUAUGCUUAAUUUUCCUUGGGGUAUUUUCAUUCAUAAUAACAGCCAUCUGUAUAUAGCUGAUUCCGGCAAUGAUAGGAUUCAACGAUUUACAUUAGGCAACAACAAUGGAGAAACAGUGGUAGGAAGUAGCGCAUUAGGAACUAUAUUACUGUCCGCGCCUACUGGAGUUACGCUUGAUGCUGAUGAAAAUUUAUACAUUGUUGAUAGUGGCAACCACAGAAUUAUACGAAAAAGUUCGAACAGUUUUCAAUGCUUAGUUGGAUGUGGCAACAGAAGUGGUUCGCAACUAGAUCAACUAGCUCAUCCAAUUUCAAUGAGUUUUGACAGUUAUGGUAACAUGUUUGUUGUCGACAUGGGAAAUUCUCGAAUUGAAAAAUUUCACUUAACAACAAAUUCUUGUGGUGAGACAAUUCAUGUAACUCAAACCAGCAACAAAUCAUUACAUCAUUCUACAACCACCAUCAAUAAACAAAGACCAUAUAUUACAGCAACAGCUGUCCGAGACUAUUCAGGUCGCUUUUCUACUGAUCAAAAUGAUGCCUUGACUACAACGACAAAUUCAAGAACCGAAAAAACUGCGUCGACGACCAAUACUACAAGCACUGUAUCAAGAACAUCUAUCACCGCUCUCACUACAUUUCCACCUCCGUUCGUCCCAUCAGCGUGUGUUAAUACAACAUCGAACAACUUUUCCUGUAAUAAACUCAAGUCUCCAUGUCAUAUGAAAGAACCUUGUCGAAACAAGGGUAACUGUACUGAUAAUAGCAGCAGUGUACUGGGAUAUACUUGUACAUGCCCAAUUUAUUUCAACGGUUCUCAAUGUGAAAAUGAUCAUCAACCGUGCAAGACAAAUACUUGUCUAAAUCACGGUUCAUGUUCGAUAAGUUCGAAUCAAACAUUUCGUUGUACGUGUCAAAGAGGAUGGCAAGGGGAUCACUGCGAAAUCAAGAUAAACCAUUGUGAAAAAUGUCAGAACAAUGGUAUCUGCCGACCAUUACUUAACGGUUAUAAAUGUGAAUGUGUUGGAAAUUAUUAUUCGGGUACUCAUUGCGAGUUCCCAUCUACAAAAGUGAAAGUUUAUAAAAUAGUUUCAAAAUCUUUUGGUUAUGUCGGUAUUAUUGCUAUCGUAAGUGUAGUUCUCUUCGUGGUCAUCAUGGAUGUAUUGAAAUAUUGUUUUGGAAUUGAUCCAACACGAGAAGAACUAAUACGUUAUCGACGAGAAAAACGAGCGAGAAAACGUCAACCGGUCAUUCAGCGUUUUGUUUAUGUCAAUCCACCAUCAGCAACAGCCAUAUAA